AUGAAAGCCUGCCAGUACUCCUUCCGACUGAAUGCUAUCAAACGAGGAAUGUGCUACGCCACUCGUAUAACGUCUUGUAAUAACAUUAUCAAGAAACGGUAUCAGUUUACAUCUUCCAUUGCACCGGCCAUCUCUCAUAACCCGAGGAACAUUGACUGGUCUGGCGUGCCUCCUCUGUAUGGUUUUGUGACGAUCGUCAGCUGGUCGGCACUUCCACGAUCUUCAGAUGUCGAUCCGAAUCGUUCGCUGUACCGCUUGGCGCAUUCUCUGGCCCACAACGACUGUGUGACGCGGAUUAGUAGCGAAUUUGGAGCGUUGGUCGAUAUCGAUGAGCUCAUUGUGCCGAGGAAUGGGUCAUUGCUAUCGUACGUGAUCCAGCAGUUCUCCUCGCCUUCCCUGGGAGCUCUCUGUUUUGCUCAUCGACAUCUGCUGCUCAGUCCUCCUUUGGCAGAUAAGUACUUCGCUUUCAAGGAUCUCGACUUCUCGGGCAUUCUUGCUGCAAAGGAAACAAAUAGUAAAGGUCCUUUCAAACUCUUCAAAGGUGUGAAAUGGGUCGCUAAUAAAGCGAAACUGAAAAAAAUAAAGUCUUAG